UGUUUUCAUGGAAACAAGAGUGAGUGAGGUGACUCCUGCUCAGUGAUUGGUCCAGACAGACAGUGGUGAUGAUGUCAUCAGUGAAGGUGGAGUCUGUGGUGAAGUCGAGCGCUCUGAUUGGUGAAGGGCCCGUGUGGGAGGAGUCGGAGCAGAUGUUGAUGUUUGUCGAUAUCGUCGGGCAGAAAAUCCACCGCUGGAGUCCAACGACCAAUCAGAUCCAAUCUAUGGAGACAGGUGACACAGUGGGCUUCGCAGUUCCUCGCAGGUCAGGUGGUUACGUUGCAGGUGUGGGUCGCAGCAUUGUGGCCGUUGAUUGGUCAACUCAGACAAUGACAUCAUUGGUGGAGGUUGACAAGGACAAACCCAGCAACCGACUGAACGAUGGGAAGGUGGAUCCUAUUGGACGCCUGCUGGCAGGUACAAUGGGAAAAGAGGUUCAGAGACAACAAGGAUCUUUGUUCUCUGUGACCUCUGACCUCACUGUGAGCAAACACCUGAGCCAGGUGGAUAUAUCUAAUGGGUUGGACUGGUCUCCAGAUCAGAAGACGUUUUUCUACAUCGACAGUUUGUGUUUGACAGUCGACGCCUUCGAUUACGACUCAAACACAGGACUCUUUGGUAACCGUCGUGUGGUGUAUCGUAUGGAGGAAGGGGAGGGGCUUCCAGACGGGAUGACAAUUGAUGUUGAAGGUCGUCUCUGGGUGGCGUGUUACAAUGGAGGACGGGUCAUCAACAUCGACCCUGUAACUGGUGUGCGGCUGCAGGCGGUCUCUCUGCCUGUGAUGAAGACCACCUCGUGUUGUUUUGGAGGUCCGGACUACUCCGACCUUUAUGUGACCUCAGCCAGUUUGGGCCUCGACCAAUCAGAGCUGAGACAGCAGCCACUGGCCGGACACACCUUCAGGGUGACUGGACUCGGGGUCAAAGGGCGUCCUUCAAACUCAUUCUCUGGAUAAUUUUCAGGAGACUCCAACGGCCAAUCACAACACUGAUCCUCAACAGGAAGUGAUCAACAGUUUGAUUGAUUAAUCCUCACUGUCAGAAACUGUUAGCAAUCAAUAAUUAUCGAACUGGAUCAAUAAUAUUAAUAAAUGGUUAACUAUUAA